AUGUUAUUUUCAAGGGGUUUGUCUCGGAUUUCCAGAACCAGCUUCAACCGCUGUCGAUGCCUGUUCUCACUUGGACACGAACAGCAAUUAUCCAAUUCCAAUCCCUUUCGCUCUGUUGUAGACACCAAUCAAAAGGCUUUGGGUUGCAGAGCCAUUUAUUCUUGGGUUUCAAGUGCCUUAAGUAGUUUCGGACAACAAAUCCAACAGCAGAGCAGCUCUGUAGUUGAGGAGCAACUGGACCCGUUUUCAAUUGUUGCCGAUGAACUAUCAAUUCUUGCUAAUAGGUUACGGUCAAUGGUGGUUGCUGAGGUCCCAAAGCUUGCCUCUGCUGCUGAAUAUUUCUUCAAGAUGGGGGUGGAAGGAAAGAGGUUCCGUCCCACGGACCUGGUCUAUUACCUUGAUGAUUUUGUGCAGUAUCCUGCCCUUCCUGUUUUAGUGCUAACAGACAUCUCUUUGUUGCAGGUUUUAUUAUUGAUGGCAACAGCUUUAAAUGUACCUAUAUCUGGAUCAGCUCCUGCUAGGCCCUUUGAUACUUUCUCCACAGAAUUACGUACAAGACAGCAGAGUAUAGCUGAGAUCACAGAAAUGAUACAUGUCGCUAGUCUUCUUCACGAUGAUGUGUUGGAUGACGCUGAUAAGAGACGUGGGAUUGGUUCAUUAAACUUUGUAAUGGGCAACAAGCUAGCAGUAUUAGCAGGAGACUUCCUGCUUUCCAGAGCUUGUGUGGCACUUGCCUCAUUGAAGAACACAGAGGUUGUGUCACUACUAGCAACUGUUGUAGAGCAUCUUGUUACAGGAGAGACCAUGCAAAUGACUACUACAUCUGAACAGCGUUGUAGCAUGGAAUACUAUUUGCAAAAGACAUACUACAAGACUGCGUCAUUGAUUUCAAACAGCUGCAAGUCAAUUGCCCUUCUUGCAGGACAAACAGCAGAAGUUUCAAUGCUGGCUUACGAGUAUGGCAAGAAUCUGGGAUUAGCAUAUCAAUUAAUAGACGACGUUCUUGAUUUCAUAGGCACAUCAGCUUCCCUUGGGAAGGGCUCAUUGUCUGACAUUCGCCAUGGAAUUGUAACAGCUCCAAUAUUGUUUGCCAUAGAGGAGUUUCCUGAAUUGCGUGGGGUUGUUGAUCGGGGAUUUGACAACUCUGCAGAUGUGGAUCUUGCUCUUCACUACCUUGGAAAGAGCCGUGGGAUACAGAGAACAAGGGAGCUAGCAACAAAGCAUGCCAACCUUGCCUCAGUUGCAAUUGAUUCUCUGCCCGAGAGCGAUGAUGAGGAUGUUCAAAUAUCAAGACGGGCUCUCGUACAGCUAACUCAAAGGGUGAUUACAAGAACAAAGUAA